AUGCCAGCCAGGCUGGCUCUAGGGGUGGUGGAGAAAACACAUGGCCCUGCCGUUAGCAUCCUGUUUGGUUUCUGGAUGAAUUUCAUCUGUGACACCUACAUAGUCCUUGCUUGGAACAGCGGGAUAAAAAGCGGCCCUGGUGUUCACGCCUCUUCUGAUGAGCCACACACCAGAACGCAGCAGAACAGAAGCCACGCAAAGGAGGACCAGAGUCAGGUGGCAGAGCAGGUGACAUCGCCACUCACAGCUCUUUGCAGGCAGCUAUUUUAA